UAGGGUAAUAGUUUGAUGUAAUUGAUUGAUUGGCUUGCCUUUUUGUUUUCUGAUAUUUUUUCUCCUUUCACCAUGUUUAUUUAGCUUUCCAAAGGUAUCGGAGAUGCAUCUGCGACUCCAAGAUUCUCCCUUCAUUCUCCAUUUUUGUUUGUCUUGUUCUUGCAGUUGACUGCCGCAAAUCCAACUUAGUGGUGUAAUCCAGUUUUUGAUCUGUUCUUCCAAGCUCCGACGAAUCAUUACAAGCAAGAUUCAUUUGGAGAUCAGGAAAGAUCCCAAGAUUCAGGUAUCGCGCCUAAGCUUCCCAUCCACGAAAAAUGGUGAGUUCCAGGGCUACUGAAGCAGCAGUGACUAAGGCUACCAACAAACACAAACAAACAGGCAACAAACGUGUAAAAACUCGAGCUGAAAAGGAUGCACAUAAUGCCAUUUGUGUGAAUUCUCGACUGAAAAAGAAGAUGAGGUACAAGGAACUCGAAAAGGUGGAGACCGAGUACUUUAAAAUUUUGGCAGAGUCCGAAGAGAUGCGAACUGAAAACCAGAGGAUGAACAUGGAGCUGAACGAAAAGAACUCUAAAUUGCAAUGUAUGGAAAAUGAAAUGCAGCGACUGAAGAGAGCUCUUGAAGAACAGGCGCAAGAAUGGUUUACGUCGCAUUCCUAUGAGCAAGGAUCGGACUACACCAACAUAACUGCCUCAUAUGCUGGCUCCUCCUUUGUUGCAAAUCAUGACUUUCCCUCCCUGUUUGAUGCCCCAAACAAUAAUCUUCUCUCUCAUGAGCUUGCUGCCGAUGAUAAAUGAGUUUUUAAUAUUUAUCAUCAUAUAAUAUAUAUUAUAUAUGUUGAAAAUAAUAACUAAAAUCUCAUUAGGGAUUUCUUUGAGAUUGGGUAGAUAUUGCUUGAUGGAUAAUAAAACUUGUAAAAGAAGAAUUCUAAGAGAAAAUAAAUUUUUGAUAGGCAAGUUAGUCUGCUUAUGAAUAGGUAGAGUCUCCAUAAGGUUAGAUAUGAGAAAAAUAUGUAAAAGAGUUAUAAGAUUUUAUGGGAUAGACAUUCUAUAAGGCUAGAGAAGAUUGACAAAGUUCUUAUUUGUGUGUAUGUUUGAGUGGAAUAGAAGAAAAUGAGAGAGUCUACACAGGUAUGGUUAAUGGAUACAUAUAGGUACCUGUUUAUUUGGAUUAAGAAUACUCCAUAAGACUAGCAAAAAAUGAGAGGGUCUAUGGGUAUUGAUUGUGAGUGAGAUUGAUUUGUUGAUUUUUUUGUAAUUCUCUACAGCUAAAAGAUCUCUAUUUCUCAUUUGUGAAUAUAGGCCAGUUGAGCUGAAUCACAUUAAAUUAUUGUCUUUUGCAUGGUUUAUUAAUUGUUUGAUUAUGCUUUCACUAGAUUUA